AUGAAUCGAUUCUCAAAUGGAAUUCCUAGAGAAAUUGGAGGGUUGCAAAAUCUGGUGCAGCUUUCUUUGAGACACAACAAGUUGCAAGGAUCUAUACCUGACUCAAUGAGCAACAUGAUAGGUUUGGAAUUCCUAGGCCUUUCUCAUAACAAUAUAUCUGGAAUCAUUCCUAAGUCUUUGGAGAAACUUCAAAACCUGAAGUAUUUCAAUGUUUCUUUCAACAAAUUGUAUGGUGAAAUACCCUCGGGAGAUCCUUUCAAGAACCUCUCGAGUCAGUUUUUCAUCUACAAUGAAGCAUUGUGUGGUUCUUCAAUAUUUAGUGUCCCGCCAUGUCCCACUUCGUCAAAGCACAGAUCAAAUAGGAAAAAAUUGCUAGUUCUUUUUCUUUUGCUUGCAAUUGCAGUUGUAUUUGUUCCUAUGACCUUUGUGCUCCUAUGGAUAAGGCAUUCUCAGAAGUGGAACUGCCAUUUUGCUGUUAAAGUGUUCAACCUGCAAUUGGAUGCGGCAUUCAAGAGUUUUGAUACGGAAUGUGAAGUUUUGUGUAGCCUUCGCCAUAGGAAUCUAGUAAAAGUCAUUACUAGUUGUUCCAAUCUUGAUUUCAAGGCUUUAGUGCUCGAGUAUAUGCCUAAUGGGAGUCUUGAGAAGUAUUUGUAUUCGCACUACUACUUCCUUGACACCAAGCAGAGACUUAGCAUAAUGAUAGAUUUGGCAUGUGCUUUGGAAUAUCUUCACCAUGGGUGCUCGUUGCCUGUGAUUCACUGUGACGUGAAGCCUAGUAACGUCUUGCUGGAUGAAGACAUGGUUGCGCACCUAAGCGACUUUGGCAUUGCAAAACUGCUUGGUGAAGAUGAGGGUUAUUUAUACACUAAAACCUUAAGAACAUUAGGUUAUAUUGCGCCAGAGUAUGGACUGGAUGGACUAGUGUCUACAAAGUGUGGUGUCUACAGUUAUGGGGUCUUGUUGCUGGAAACGUUUACUAGGAGAAAGCCUAAUGAGUUUGAGGGAGAUCUUAGCUUGAAGCAAUGGGCGAGUUAUUCACUUCUUGGAGCAGUAAUGGACGUCGUAGAUUCCAACUUGGUAACCCAAACGGCUAGUCGCUUACAGAUGGAGCUAGAUGUUGUGGGAUCAAUAAUGAAAGUGGUAUUAGAUUGUUGUGCUGAAAAUCCGGCAAGAAGGACUAACAUGAAUGAUGUUGUAGGGAUGCUACAGAAGAUCAAUAUUCAACUUCUUAGAAGCAUUUCUGUGUCUAAGGCAAUCUCCAUGGUCCUUGCAAGUGGAGUUUUUCUUGUUGCUGUAACAAUUCUUUGUCAACGUUAUCUUCCUCAUCUCCCCAUUAACAAGUAUCCAGUCAACUCAUCUGACAUAAUCUCUAUUCGGCAUCAGUCUAUGGAAUCUAGCGAGAGAAAAUAUGCAUUAGAGCUUGUAUCUGAAUUGGGACUUGGUGCUGCUAAACCAGCUGCUACACCUAUAGACACAAACAUUAAGCUGACAACUAAGGAGUGUGAUGAUCAUAUCUAUAAAAAUGAGCAAGGACCCACUGAUCCACCAGCUAAUCUGCAUGCUUAUCAGAGACUCAUAGGAAAACUGUUGUAUCUCACUAUGACCAGACCUGAUAUUGCUUAUAGUGUCCAGACUCUCAGUCAGUUUCUACAACAAUAA